AUGUUUGAUCGUCUGAAGGGUAAGACCGUCAUGGUCACUGGCGCCAGCUCGGGCAUUGGCGCCAGCUGCGCGCGCCUAUUCGCCGAAGUCGGUUCGAACCUGAUUCUGACUGCGCGUCGCACCGACCGUCUGGCUGCUUUGGCCGCAGAGAUCCGCUCCAAGUACCCGCAAGUGCAAGUGUAUACUGCCGAACUAGACGUGCGCAACCGUGCGGACGUCGACCGGGUUGUGUCUGAGCUCCCUGCAGAAUUCUCUGCAAUCGAUGUGCUGUCGAUCGAUACUGUCCUGGAUACGAACGUCAAGGGUCUAUUGUAUGUAACGCGGGCGGUGGUGCGCGGGAUGCGGGCGCGCGGCUCCGGCCAUGUCAUUAUGAUGGGGUCGAUUGCCGGCCUGACUGCCUACCCGACCGGCAGCAUUUACUGUGCAUCCAAGUAUGCUGUGCAUGCGAUUGCGCAGUCCUUGCGUGCCGAGACCCUGGAUGUGCCGAUCAAGGUCACUGAGAUUAAUCCGGGCAUGGUGGAGACCGAGUUCUCGAUUAUCAGGAAAACUAUGGCGAUAAAGAGAAGGCUGACAAAUGCCGUUGUGUUUGCGGCGUCGAGGCAUCAGCGUUGCGUCGUGUCGGAUGUCGUUCUGCUUGCUACUGGACAGUACUCGCCGACUGUUGCCCACCGCAAGGAGUAGAAUGUCUUAUUCGGAUCUUAGAGUAUACUAGAAUUACCCCGCUCGCGAUGCAAGCUCGGCUGCUAGUCAGCAUGGGUUGACACGUAGAUAAGAGUAUCACGGCGAACCGGUCAUUUGAACGUGUCGGAUGGUUGUUGGUGCAAUGUCGAUCAUGGACAUCUCCCACCUUGGUGGCCUGCUCAGCGCAGACGCUUCAGCGCUGGCUCGCUGCUGCUGGCAACAGAAUCGCCUGCUGCUGCUGCACGCCUCUUGCGCGGCCUCUUUGUUGCAGGGGUGGUGCCAGAAGCAUUGGCAGCAAUGGCCGUAGAGCGACAGAACCGUUCAGGAAUACUGCCUGAAUCACAGAGUGACUGGAAAAUGAGCCUGAAGUUUAGAACUGCUGCGAGAUCGCGGUUCAAGAGCCGAGACG